AUGUUACUUCGGGUAUUACUUAUUACAAAAUUACUUCGGGUCCCACGCGAAAGGAGGAACCACUGGGCGACUCUGGCACGCGAUCGGGACAAAUGGAAGAAUUGCUGGCGCCCGCUCGACCGCGGUGAUCCAGGAAUGACAGCCACACGAUGGAAAAGAACAUCUGCUAUCGGCAACGAAGGAGAAAAGAAGUACGACGACGAUGACGAUUACGUACUCGAGGACUCCUUGUCCCAAGGUGACUGGCAUAUCGAGGAGGACCCAAACGUGGACUACGAGAUGCUGCUCAGAUGA